CACCACCUUUGACAUUUUUAUUGCCAAAUAUCUUAAUCAUGAGUGGUUGAAUGGUCUUUUAAUGCACAUUUAACUGUUAUUUGUUAGGUUAUAAGAGUGAACAAAUAGAACUUUGAGCUUCAUCAAAAAAGUUCAAGCCGUUAAACUGGUUUUCUCUAGAUCUGGAGAGGACCUAUCAUGUUUGGGACAAUGAUAAGGUAUAUGGUGGCGAGGAAGCCGAAGCCAAAGAUGAAGCCUAUAGAGCUAAAAACCCCACCAGAGCAGACACAAACUAUAACGAGGGUUAUUUUUGACAUUUUGAAGGAACAUGGUCCUCUCACCAUUGGUGAUACCUGGGAACAUGUCAAGGAAGUUGGAGUGAGAGGGUUAACGAGCAAAAGGCACAUGAAGGUAGUGUUAAGAUGGAUGAGGGAUAGACAGAAGCUUAAGCUUAUAUGCAAUCACAUAGGUCCAAACAAGCAAUUUCUGUAUUCCACCUGGUUCACUAAACAUAAACCAGAUGCUAAACCAGCACAACCGGGAAGAGGACACUUCACAAGGAAAGUUACCCGUCUUCCUCAAAAUCUAAAUCCUUAGCUUCUUCUAUGUACUGAGUGCUAAACAGAUACUCAUCAGUUUCAGAUGCCAUUGAAGGCAGGGGAUCCCUUGUGCUAAACAGAAACUCAUCAGUUUCAGAUGCCAUUGAUGCCAUUGUUGUGUUAUGUGGGAGUCUCCUGUCUUUAAGGUACAAUGCUUUGGUGGUUCGAGAGAUAUUUCUGCGUCAACAUCUUCAUAUUCGUCUCAAUGUAUGUUUUUUGGCUUUGUAUCAUAAAGAAGAGUUAUUGUCUUCUAAUGUUAUUUGUGUUUUCUUCUUCUUAAUGUGCUAGGUUUUGUUUUCUACUUUAUCAGGUGCUAGUUUUCUUUUCUUCUGAUUUUUUCUCUUUGAUUAAACUUGCGACUAGGGU